UCUCUUACCAUACAUUGUGGCUGGGUACAUGGCGGUAGUGGACCAUGGAGUGUUGUGACUUAUGAACAGUAGUGGUUGGUUUUGGACACCAAAACCGAACUCCCUCGAGCAAUUCGUCUUUCUCUCUCUGCAACUUCCUUUUCCUCCUUUCUUUUUCUCUCAAUUUUUUGUUGGGUUUUCUCUUUUGAAUCAGAGAAAUCCCUAACUUUUUUUUUUGUUUGAUUUGAAACGAUCAAAAGGAGAAAUGGGUUCAGAAGGAUCAAGGGUUGUUAUGCCCAGGAAUUUCAGAUUGCUAGAAGAGCUUGAGAGAGGUGAAAAGGGAAUUGGGGAUGGAACUGUUAGCUAUGGAAUGGAUGAUGCUGAUGAUAUAUACAUGCAGUCAUGGACUGGCACUAUUAUUGGCCCCCCUAGUACUGUUCACGAAGGACGCAUCUACCAAUUGAAACUGUUCUGUGGCAAGGAUUAUCCAGAUAAUCCACCAAGUGUGAGGUUUCAAACCCGGAUAAACAUGAUCUGUGUCAAUCAAGAAACUGGAGUGGUUGAACCUAGCCUUUUCCCCAUGCUAGUUAAUUGGCAAAGGGAGUAUACAAUGGAAGAUAUAUUAACUCAGCUGAAGAAGGAAAUGAUGUCUCCACAAAACAGGAAGCUUGCUCAGCCUCCUGAAGGCAACGAUGAUGGAAGGCUUGAUCAGAAGGGUUUAGUGCUGAAGUGUUGCAUCCUUUGAACUUCAUCGGAGUUGUAUGAAUAUAAAUGUAUAUAAAAUAUAUGCACUAGAUGAUUCCAGCAACCGGCACGGCACCAUCAAUAUAUAUAUAUAUAUAUGCUUGUGUAUGAGAAAGAUGUCCUGAGUUCCACCAAAAAUGGUGGUUAAAUAAAUCGAACUUCCUGAUGAAUUCGAUGACACUCAAAAUUUACGAGUUGUGCUGA